AUGCGGAUGGGAGUUGCGCAUGAUGCCUUCACGAGUGUUGCUUACUGGGACGAGUUCAUGAGGAGACCCGAUGUUCGCAAAGGCAGGCACUGCAUCAGGCCGGAGAUCAGCCGAUCAUUUACCUUCGGUGAGGAGGGAGUCUCUGGAGGUCAGUUCUUCAAGCAACAUUUGGGGAAGAUCAAGCUGAACGAUGUAAUGGUCGAUUGGAGCAAGCAGGACCUGUCGCACCUGGCCUCGGCACAGGCGUUCGAUGAUCACCUUGCCGCUCAGAUUCGCGCAGCAGCUGUCGUCAGUGUCGAGAACAUCGACAGUUUUGCUGGACAGUCCAAGGUCCUUCGAAUGGAGUACGAGGAUGCGAAGUACAAGGGCGUGGCACAGAAAUUCAGCUUGAUGCCGGAUGAGAAGGAAGGCAUCAGGCGGAUGAGCUACCGCGGUGUCAUCCCGCUAUCAUGGCAUACCAACCGCGUCUAUCUUCAUACGAGGACAUGGCCACCUGGCCUGCCCAAUUGA